GCCUCCCUUUCGUAGGCAAGUACUACACUACAUAUCGCCAUUGCAGCUACACCUUCAUUUUCCUAACAGUAUAUAUGUUAUCCAAAUAUAUAUUACCUAGUUUCCCCGCUUCCCUUCUAAGUAAUCAAGUAUUACUCCUCUCGGAGUGGGCAAUCGCAGUAUCCUUGGCAGCAACUGGACUUUGUUGCUAUUUAUAUGUCACAGUGACACCUAUCGACUCAUAUUCAACAUUCAUCGCGGUCCCCAAGAACUUCGCACAUCAGCUUAUCCAUCAGAAUUUUUAUACAGGACCCAGAGACUUUCCUAUAUUGUUCGUUCGGUUCACAGCUUUUCUCCGCAAUCAUUCCACAAGAAACUGCUUCCACCCGAUCGUCAACACCGAGACGACCUCGGGACGCACCAUGAGUCAGAACAAGGAACAAAAAUCCCAGAGGCCAAAGACGGUGAGCGGCCGUUUCCCAUGCAAAAGCAUAUGCUGGUAACAGGAGAAGGCCUGCAAGUGCGACAACUGCUUGGAAAAGGACCACGAUCGUGAAUAACUGCGACCAUCCGGUGGAAAUCUCUGCAGGCCAGACACAAGCCAUUUAUCCUCCGCAACUACCAAC